UUCCUCAGUGUGUAACGAUGGGGUGUGAGGGGAGGUACGUUGCCGAGUUUCUCAGAUACCUUUCUGAUUUUGUGGCUAAUAUUCGCCCGGAUGAUCCCUUACCAGUGCGUGCGCCCAAUUAUAAAGUGACGGAGAGCGAGAUCGACGGCCAGAUCCUGGAUAUAGUGCACCACUACCUAAAUAGCAGAGAAUGUCCGCCAUACGUGAGGGAAUACGUGGGCCACCAGGUGUGGACAUCCAUCAGGAACCCGGAGGUGAACGGCGAGGAGGCGGACCAGCUGGACAACUCCAACUUCAAUCAUACUUAUGACAUCCUGAAGCUCAUUCAAGACGUCACCAGCAAGGCCAACACUGUGAUCCAGGAGAUGCAGUCCACCCUCACCGUGGAUCAGGUGGAGAAGCUGCCCCGUUACCACCCCAUCAGUCACUUUGCCAUAAAAAAUGGACGCCGGAAGAUGGAGGACCGACAUGUCAUCAUCCACGACCUUAACACCCUCUAUGGCCUUAAUUACAAGCAGCCACACGCCUACUAUGGAGUGUUCGAUGGCCACGCUGGGAUAGAUGCCGCUGUGUACAGUGCUGCCCACCUUCACCAAUACAUGAUUCAGAACCCCCAGUAUGAGACCAACCCAGAAGCCGCCCUCAAGCAUGCCUUCCACAUCACCGACACAAACUUUAUCAAGAAAGCCAGUAAAGAGAAGCUGAAGGGCGGCACGACGGCUGUGGUGGCGCUAGUGCGGGAGAAGCGGUUAGUGGUGGCAUGGCUUGGCGACUCCCAGGCCCUCCUCGUGCGCCGCCGUUCCCCCGUCAGGAUGGUGGAGCCCCACAAGCCAGAGCUGCCUGUGGAGCGGGAGCGAGUGGAGGAGAUGGGUGGAUGUGUCCUCAAUAUCCAGGGCACGUGGCGCGUCCUUGGUCAGCUGGCAGUGUCUCGAGCCAUCGGUGACCGCGAGUACAAACCUUUUGUGUCAUCUGAGUGUGACAUCAAGUCUUUGGAGAUUGAGGGAGAUGAGGACUUCCUGAUUCUGGCGUGUGAUGGCCUCUGGGACACUCUGUCACCUGAUGCAGCAGUCAACCUGGUGUACGCCUACCUCACCCGCAACGAUGGCGAAACUGAUGGUGUAGGCCGGUGCUUGGUGGAAGCAGCGCGCAACAGUGGCUCUGACGACAACAUCACUGCUGUAGUAGUGUUCCUAAGACCCGUGUCCACCAUCAUGGAGGAGGAGGCGCAGCGCAUCGCCCAGGGCCAGGUACCCGAGCCCGUCCCGGAGGCAGUGCUAUGCAAGGACUCAACGCCGUCUUCGAUCAACGCCAUCUUCUCGCCUCCCGUCAACCAAUUCGCCGAUUAUAACUCCGAUCCACCGAUCUACAUUCCAUUUGACGGGGAGAUUCCCUUCAAGAUGGAUGCUGAGGAUGCCGCCACGCCCGCCUCCCAGCCCCUCCAGAAGCAGGAGGAGCCCAUGGAAGGCAGCGAGGCGCCUCAACUGCCUGCCCGCGACUCCGACGAAGGUAUCCCCGCUGCAGGAAAGAACGACCAGGCCUUUAAUCCCCACGAGGCCCCGACGCCCACUGCAGAGGAGGUUGAUGCUGCACUCGCUGAACUCGACAGUAUCCCAGACGAAGUGUGCGAGUCGGGCGACGUAGAGGAAGAAGACGAGGAGGAGGAAGAGUGGUCAUAUUACCGCAUGGAUCUCCAGACACAGCCUCAGGGAGAGGAUGUGCUGGUCCCAGGAUCAUCAGAGGUGAUGGACCAGAACCAAGACAAAGCAGGUACUCCUUCAGCUGAUAUCACUCAAGAGCAACCCAAGGAGCUAGAAACUGGAAAUGGGCUUGGAGGACCAUCUCUGAAGUUGAUGGAAGAUAAUCACACAGAUGAUGUUGAAAUAGCUAAUCAGUCAUCUCUGCUUAGCAGAUCACCAGACUUGUUCCAGACUGAAGCAGCUGCACGAUUGAACAAGGAGACCAACUUGAUGGAAACUUCUAUCAGUAAUGUUGGAGAAUAUUUAGAUAAUUAUGAGCCUUCUUCCAGCCCACAUGCACCUGGAAGUCCCCGCUCAGUGGAAGGCUUUGUGACCUCUGUGGAGCUAAAUACACCUGAGGAAAUAGGUGGUGUUGCUCAUCCUCAGGAUGUGAAUGGUAGUGGAGUAGAGCAGUCAUCAGGGCCUUUCAGUGUAUAUGUUAGCUCCUCACCAGAGCCUGUAAGCCUUGAUCCACACCUUCAAACUUCAGGAGACUUUGACAGUGUAUCAGAAUUGACAAAUGGCCAAGUAGGAAAUGAAAUUGAAGCAUCAGGAGACUUUUCACCAGUUGAAAUAGUCCAUGCACAGUCCACAGUGGAGGUUGUUGCAUCACCUACUCCAAGUGAAAAAAGAGAGGGUGAAAUGCCUGAGGUACCAACAUCUCCAACAGCACCAGUGAACCAGACUGUUGAUGUCACUUUCAUUCCUGAACCUGCUGUAGAACCAACUGCAGAAAAACCAGUUCCUGUGUUUAUUGAUGAAGGCACUCCAGUAUCAGAAGGAGAGCCAGAAAUCCCAAGUUCUGUUUUGGCAGACAUGCAUACUUCAGAACCUGCCACUGCUGACUUCCUUUCCAGGGAGCCAUCAGGUGAACUUUUGGUAAUGAAGGAAACUUGCACUGCAGAGUCACCUGUCCCAGAACUGCAAGCGUUAGUGGAAGGAACCAGCAUUCCUCAUGAUGAAGCACCAACCUCAGAGCCAAUGUCACCAGUCUUUGAUACAGCUUCACCGCUCAUGGAAGAAACACCUGUAGAAGCAGGGGUACCUUCCUCCAUGGAACCUACACUUUUCAAUGUUUCUUCCACCUUAGAACCAUCUCCAGCUCUGGCUUCUCCAGUUGAAAUGACAACUACUAAGCCUUUAUCAGCACCCAUGUCCCCAGUCCAGGAACCAUCACCUGCACCUAUGUCCCCAGUACAGGAGCCUUCACCUGCACCCUUGUCCCCAGUACAGGAGCCUUCACCUGCACCCUUGUCUCCCGUACAUGAACCUUCACCUGCACCCAUGUCCCCAGUGCAGGAGCCUUCACCUACACCCAUGUCCCCAGUGCAGGAGCCUUCACCUGCACCCAUGUCCCCAGUGCAGGAGCCUUCACCUGCACCCAUGUCUCCAGUGCAGGAGCCUUCACCUGCACCCAUGUCUCCAGUACAGGAGCCUUCACCAGUAACAAUAUCCCCAAUACAGGAACCUUCACCUGCACCAGCAUUCCCAGUUGAAGAACCAGUUCCAGCACCAGCAUCCCCAGUUGAAAAACCAGUUCCGGCACCAGCAUCCCCAGAUGAAGAACCAGCUCCGGCACCAGCUUCCCCAGUACAGGAGCCUUCACCUACGCCACUAUCCCCAGUUGAGGAAGCAAUUCCAACACCAGUGUCCCUAGUUGAGAAACCAGCUGUGGCACCAGUAUCCCCAGUUGAGGAACCUGCUCCCACACCAGUCUCUACAGUUGAGGAUCCAGCUCUGAUAACAUCCCUAGUUACUGAGCCAGCACAAGCACCACUGUCAGCAGUUCUUGAUCCUUCACCAGUGCCAGAACAUGCAGUUGAGGAAGAAGCUCCUUUAACAUUAUCACCAGUUGUGCUAGAAACUCAGGCUGGACCUCCAAGUGUAAUCCCUGACAUUAUGGAAACUGCUGCAGUUAACACAGGAAAAGAUGAGAUUCAAAUAAAUAAGGGUACUGUUGUUAUACCAGUGGUUGCCCAAGAUGAUGUCAAAGAAACUAAGCCUGAAGUUGCCAAAUCCCCAGCAAAGACCGCAAAAACUCCUGGUAAAGCUGCUGAUAAAGCUGGAAAGCAAACACCUUCCAAAUCAACACCUGGUAAGGCUACACCAACUAGGACUCCAUCAUCAAGGACUCCGUUGACUAAACCUACUGAAAAGAAACCAACACCUUCAAGUCAAACACUGAAAUCUACGUCUACUAGACCAGCAGCUGAAAAGACCACAGCUCCCAGAACAAGAGUCACACCAACUAGUAGUGCAACUUCAAAGCAGGCCCUAACAAAACCAUCCACUAAGCCAGUAGCAAGGACCACAACUGCAAAACCAUCAACUACCACCACCACCACCAAGCCUGCUGAAAAGAGGGCUCCAAAACCAGCAACGCCUACAACUCCAAGAGCUGCAUUAAGUAAGCCAAGUGCAGCACCAAGUAAAUCUGCUCAAUCCAGCACAGCUGGAAGGGCCACAACCACUACCACUGCAACAAAGAGGCCCAUCAGUGCUCCUACAAGGAGAGUGGAAAAAACUGAUACCAGUAAAGUAAAUGGAACAGCCACUAAGCCAUCAAGAACCACAACCUCACGGCCAGCCACAGCCUCCACUGCAACACGUAAGCCAUUAUCUGCCACAGCUAGGUCUGUACCAGAGAAGGAAACCAAAAACACAACCAACCGCAUCCUUUCCACAACAACCAAGUCUGUCCAGAAGUCCUCACCAGGUACAGCAAGAUCAGUUACAAGCAAGGCAACUGCACUUGCAAAGACAGCAGGAAAAGUAGAUGGAACUUCAUCUGCUACCACUACAACAUCCAAAGCAAGGAUGACGUCUGUCACCAAGUCCUCUACUACCACUAAAGCAACAGGAGUAACGGCAAAGAAAACUUUGGUGAGCAAGACGUCAACCACCAAAUCUAAGACAGCAGCGGCAGCAACCUCUAGUAAGGUCCAGAAGUCUGAAGUGAUAUUGGCUCCUGUGACAAAUGGAGAGAACAAGAUUGCUCAUGAAGAAACUAGUGUGGAGGUGAUAGAAAAGUGUGCUGCUGAGGAUGUUGUGCAGUGUUCCACAACUGAACAGGUGAUAAGCACAGAAACUGUGGAAGUAAUAGUGAAUGGAGAUCACUGAGUCAUUUAAACCUGGGACUUUUAUUAUUACUCAUAAUUGCAUUUUCAAUAUUAGGGUCCAAAUAUAUUUGCAAGUAGUGGUCAUCCUAGUCUGGUAUCUCCAUUUUUAAAUAGUCAGGCUAACGUGGGAAGGCAUGGAUGUUUGGAUCCCUGCUUUUGUAUAGGCACGUCCUUGCUAAUAUGGAAGAUAAUCCUGCUUUACUAAUAUGUACAGUGAAUGAUUAUAUGUUGGAAAGAAUGAUUACCCAGUAUUGUAUGUUGCUUUCUGCAGUUACUUUAUCAUAGCCUCAUUCAUUUUAGGUUCAAGCAAAACUUAUUAUAGGUGCAUUCAUGUUCAUAAUUAGAAUUUAAGAUGAAAUAUAUGCUGUUUCAUGAUUUUCCUCACAAUAGUAUUGGAUAGCAUUAUUCAUGCAGUAAUAAGAUUACAGCUUUAAGUUGAAAUAAUAUUUGUACUGUACAUAGCUAUGAGAUUGUGUGAGGUGCUAGUUCUGUGUUGCAUUCCGGUAUUUUCAUUGCUUAAAUGUUUUGUACUUGAAAUUUCCACCCAUCCAGGCUUGUAGUCACAAGUCCAAUAAAGGCACCAUGUUUUAUACUAGUGUAUUUCAUGUUAGUAGGAAGCUGGAGUGAACAUUGAACAGGUUGAUGACAGGUGGGGAAUGUGGAUUUUACAAGUGGACAAAAGGCCAUAAAUUGAAAAUGUGAAAUAAAGAAGUGCCUUUUUCCAUAAUUUCAUUCCAAGUUAUUGCUGAAAAAAAAUGAAAUAUACUGUAGCUGUCUGCCUCAGGCAUUAUUUAUUUUAAUUUUUUUAAACUUUUUACUUUUCUUCAAUACUCUGCAUUGCCCAAAAAGGAUUGUAUCUUACUAAUUUGCUUCUUGUCACUACGAUGUUAUUGAUAUCGCACAAGCCUGUGUAAAAUCUUAAUUAUUGUACUCUAAUAAAGGUGAAUAUUAAAAAUA